GAGAAAUAAGAAUCCUAAUUAGUUAGCCCAAAGUCUUCUCUUAGUUAUCAUUUCCUUCUUUAGGCCGCCCUAGCCGUGUGCAUCACGGUGAACCUCGGCCGCCGCCUUCCUUCUCCUUAACAACUGGUGUUCUCAUUCCGAUCUCAUUCCCGCACUCAUGGCCACCCCUUCCUCCGACGACCAACAACCCCGUCCUGCCCUCACGAUGGAGGAUGUCAUGCGCGCCAUCAACAAUUUGGGGAAGGAAUUGGAAACUACGAAAUCCUAUCUCGCCAAGGAAUUGGACGUGACCAAAGGCCGUGUAGCGGAACUUCUGGCCGCAGGUAAUACACCACCCCACGACAACAUGCGGCGCCCUCCACCGUACCGGCCACCAUCAGUUGCAUGGCGCCCACCUGCUUCACGCACAUCUCAGUUCCCCACCGCUACAGAUCCUAUCCCGCGCAUGCGCAUCGAUGCCCCUCGGUUUUCGGGUGAGGAUCCCGUUGGGUGGAUCUUUCGCAUCCAAAAGUACUUUGAUUACUUUUUUACUCCCGAGGCCGAGCGUCUUCACUUGGUGGCCAUGCUCAUCGACCACCCGGCGUCAGAAUGGUUCCGUUAUUAUCAAGCCAACAAUUGCAACGUCUCCUGGAUGGCGUUUUUGGUUGCGGUCCGGCAGCGAUUCGACCCCGACUACUAUGAAAACUACAUCGGGCUGCUCUCCAAGUUACACCAGAUAACGACGGUCAUGGACUAUCAAUCGUCGUUUAAGGCUCUCUUGAACAAAGUCGCCGGCGUGCCCGAACCAACGCUUAUUGCUAUGUACAUCGCGGGUCUCAAACAACCCGUUCAACAUGAGGUUAACCUUCGUGCCCCCGGCACGUUACAGGAAGCGUUCGCCCUGGCUCGCGAGUACGCCGCAAGCCGGCAGGAUGCCCAGGCUGCUUUCGGUUCCUCUAGCAGGCGUCUGUGGGGAUCUCCUCGGCCUAGCCCCAGCCCACCUGCGGCUGGGCAGCCUUUGGGUAUAUCCACGCCAUCUCACACAACCCCGCCCAAACCACCAGACAACCGCUCUGUCAAUUCCUUACCCGUCGUACGGUUAACCAACGCCGAAAAGGCCGAACGAGGGAAAAAAGGUCUGUGUUGGUUUUGCGAGGAAAAAUGGGAUCCCACUCAUCGUUGCAAACGCCGUUUUCUCGCUCUUAUGGGGCCGGAUGACGAGAAACUUGUGCCCAUUGAGGACCUCAACGAGCACCCUAUCACGGAGGAUUUGGAUAUUACAGGCGAUAUCUCCAGUUUGCACUCCUUAGCAGGAAGUCCUAGCCCACGUUCCCUCCGCCUCACUGGUGACAUUAACAACUCCCCGGUGCAUGUCUUGUUGGACGGUGGUAGCACCCAUAACUUUAUUCAUCCCACCGUUGGGGAGAAGCUUUCACUCGUGCUCUACCCUGUGACACCCUUUCGGGUCUACGUCGGAAACGGGGAGUCUCUUCGAUGCUCAUAUUCGUGCCCACACACUGCCGUCGCAUUGCAAGGCCACAUAUUUGCAAUCGACCUCUAUUUGUUGGAGAUCCAUGGGCCGGACGUGGUGCUAGGUGUACAAUGGCUCCAAACCCUCGGCAAGGUUUCUCACGACUACGCUAAUCUCACCAUGGAAUUCACCUGGAAUGGAGCGACAGUACAACUCCGGGGUGGUACCCCAGCCCCCAAGCCGAUCUCCUACGGACAUUUAUGCACCUUGGUGGCAACCCAGCAGCCGCUGGAAUUCUACGAGCUAGUACCAGCCCCUACGGGCGCUCUCCCAGUCACGGCAGCCCCAGAGUUCCCUUCGGACGUGCCGGCUUCUAUCACAACGAUUCUGCAGUCCCAUGCCGCCGUUUUUACCACUCCCACGGCCUUACCUCCUGCGAGAGAUUGGGACCAUCGGAUUCACCUGGAGCCUAAUACCAAACACAUCAACGUCCGGCCAUAUCGUUACCCGCGCGACUCCGAUGACACCACGGCCGCGUCCUUGGUGGAACUAUCACAACCCAUGCCGGUUAUUAUGGAUGCAAUCCGGGCAGAGCAGCGCACCAGACCAGAGCUAGACGCACUUAAAGCCGCCGCCGAAGCAGGCAUGGCCCCACCCGAGUUGACAGUACAAGACGGGGUAGCUUGUCGUCUACGCCUUCCUGAUGGGUGCCGAGUCCAUGAUGUUUUCCACGUCUCUCUCUUGCGCCCGUUCGUGACUCCGGCCGCCGGCAUACCCACCCCGACAUGGCCAGCAGAGUUUGUGCAGAAUCACCCCCUCUCUGUUCCAGUGGCAGCCCUGCGCAGUCGCACCAUACUCGUCGACGGCGAUCCUCAAGAGCAAUGGUUAAUUCGAUGGUCUGACGGCACCAACGAUGACUCCACGUGGGAACCUGUGCAUGUGCUCCGAGAACAAUUUCCAACUCUCCGCCUUGAGGACAAGGCGAAUUCCGACAGCGGGGGAGUUGAUACGGGCCUAGAACAUGCAACCCAUGACGUUCUGUUUCUCGGGCUUCUUGGGCUCAGGGGCUUCCACUCUGCAAGCGCUUCCUAGCAACCUGGCAUCCAUAAGCCAUGUGAAAUCAGAUUGUUGACAUUACGUUAGUCAGAAUAACUCCAUUAAGGAUCGCUAAUGAAAGUUCAAGUUUUGAAACUAUAAUUACAUAUUCAUCUAAGAAACCUAGAAUGAUGACUAUGGUAAUAGUCAUUUUCCAAAAUACCCUUAUGUAACAACAUCAAACCUAGAAACAAUUCAUUCCAGAUUGUACACAAUGAAGCGUAAUUUGUGAAACCAACAUUCCAGACAAACUCUGAGAAUGAUUCUCAAAGAAUUUUCAGAAACGGAAAUUUUGUAAAUUACCCCACAUUCACGAAACGCAACCCAUAUAAGAAUUCCUGAAACUCCUACAACACAAAAGAGCAAGUCUAAAGAUAUAUAUAUUCGACGCAAGUCUCCGUGAGAGAAAUCCAAGUACGUUACAUUUAUCAUCCACGUAUAUUCUUUCUCAAAAGAGAAAAUGUCAUACUCAUGACACUCAACAAAAGAAAGAGAAAACAACUUUUCAAAAUUUGUGUGUUUUUUUAAAAAAAAAUAUUAAUGAAUAUUCAUGAUUUUG